CGGGCCAGGGGAGUCCAGCGAAGGCAGGAUGUUCACAUCCAAGUCCAACUCGGUGUCACCUUCGCCAUCCAUGGAACAGGCCGACUCGGACGCGCUGGACAUCAGCACCAAGGUGCAGCUCUAUGGUGUGCUGUGGAAGCGGCCCUUCGGAAGGCCAUCAGCCAAAUGGUCCCGGCGGUUUUUCAUCAUCAAAGAGAGCUUUCUGCUUUACUACUCUGAGAGUGAAAAAAAGAGCUUUGAAACCAAUAAAUACUUCAAUAUACAUCCUAAGGGUGUCAUCCCUCUGGGGGGCUGCCUGGUGGAGGCCAAGGAAGAGCCCAGCAUGCCCUAUGCCAUGAAGAUCUCCCACCAGGACUUCCAUGGGAACAUCGUGCUGGCUGCAGAAUCCGAGUUUGAGCAGACCCAGUGGCUGGAGAUGCUGCAGGAAUCUGGGAAGGUGACUUGGAAGAAUGCCCAGCUGGGGGAAGCCAUGAUCAAAAGCUUGGAGGCCCAGGGCCUGCAGUUGGCCAAGGAAAAGCAGGAGUAUUUAGACAAACUGAUGGAAGAGACCGAAGAACUAUGUCUGCAGAGGGAGCAGAAAGAGGAGCUUGAGCGCCUUAACCAGGUGCUGGAAGCUGAGAAGCAGCAGUUUGAGGAGGUGGUGCAGGAGCUGAGAAUGGAGCAGGAGCAGAUCAAGAGAGAGCUAGAGCUGACAGCAAGAUGCCUCAAGGGUGUGGAGCAAGAGAAAAAGGAGCUGAGGCAUUUUACGGAGUCCUUGCAGCAGACAUUGGAGGAACUCUCCAUAGAGAAGAAGAAAACCCUGGAAAUGCUGGAGGAGAACGAGAACCAACUGCAGACUCUGGCUAGUCAGAGUGAGGAGUCCUCUCCCAAUGGAGGGCUUCACAGCAAUCUAAGGCAGAUCGAAGAGAAGAUGCAGCAGCUCUUAGAGGAGAAGCUCCUGGCAGACAAGAGGAUGAAGGAGAAUGAGGAGCGCUCAAGGGCCCUGGAGGAGGAACGUGAGUUCUACUCAAGCCAAUCCCAGGCGCUACAGAACUCACUGCAGGAGUUGACUGCAGAGAAACAGCAGGCCGAGCGGGAACUCAAGGCUGAGGUGAAAGUCCGCAUGGACUUGGAGAGGCGUCUACGGGAGGCAGAGGGGGCCUUGAGGAGCCUGGAACAAGGGCUCAACUCAAAGGUGCGGAACAAGGAGAAGGAGGAGAGGAUGCGGGCCGACGUGAGCCAUCUGAAAAGGUUCUUCGAGGAGUGCAUCCGGAACGCCGAGCUGGAGGCCAAGAUGCCGGUCAUCAUGAAGAACUCCGUGUACAUCCACAAGGCGGCCACGCGCCGCAUCAAGAGCUGCCGCUUCCACCGGCGCCGCUCUAGCACUUCCUGGAACGACAUGAAGCCAUCCCAGUCCUUCAUGACCUCCCAGUUAGAAGCCAACAACAUGGAGGAGCUCAAGGAGGUGGCCAAGCGGCUCAGCCGAGACCAGCGCUUCCGGGAAUCCAUCUACCACAUCAUGGCCACCCAGCCUGGAGUGCCCACUGCGCUUCCCCGGGGUGGAAAGUGAUGGGGCCCCUCUUUUGCUUCUCAAGUCUUUCUCCCAGGAUAGGGGAAGGGGUACAAAGGGAGGCCUGAC